AUGACCGACUGCGGGAGCUGCUCCUCCUUAGCACCUCACCAUGCUCCCGGCAGCAAUGCCAGCCUGCUUCCCUUCCGCUUCAGAGCAACCCUUCCUCUGCUGCUGCUGCUGCCGCCGCCGCCUCCCCCUUCCCACGCAGCAGCAGCCAAAUCCGCUUCAAGAACCGGCUACCCGAACCCCGGACUGUCGCGGCAAACGCGCGCCAUGGCCGACCUCAUCGCCGGAAAUCCUCGGCUGCGCACCUCGCCAGGCGACACCUCAAAGCUCCAGCCUUUCCCCAAAGAACCGAAGAAAAGCGCUGAAAUGAGCACGGCCUGA